UUCUGAGUCGGGUUGCGUGUACUCUGGUCAUCCUUGGGUCAGUAGCUGCAGCGGCGUUGGCAGGCCCCAGACCCCCGUGAGGGGUAACGGUCCCUGGGCCCCCGUGAGGGGUGACAGACCCCGGAUGCCCGGAAGAAAUGUCUUCUAUAAAAGGAAGUUCAAAACGGGAAAUAAUUUCGGAGCUUCACAGUUCAGCAGCAGAAGGAGACAUUGCCAAAUUAUCAGUAAUACUCAAUCACUCUCCAUCUCUUCUGAAUGAAACUUCUGAAAAUGGUUGGACUGCGUUAAUGUAUGCAGCAAGGAAUGGGCAUCCAGAUAUUGUCCAAUAUCUGCUUGAGAAAGGGUGUGACAGAUCAAUUAUCAAUACAUCAAGACAAACCGCACUGGAUAUUGCUGUAUUUUGGGGUUAUAAGCAUGUAGCUAAUUUAUUAGCUAAUGCUAAAGGGGGGAAGAAGCCUUGGUUCCUAACCAGUGACGUGGAAGAAUGUGAAAAUUAUUUCAGUAGAACACUACUGGACCGAAAAAGUGAAAAGAGAACUAAUUCUGACUGGCUACAAGCUAAAGGAAGCCACCCAGCCACAGUUUAUAUCCUUUUCUCAGAUUUAAAUCCCUUGGUGACUCUAGGUGGCAGUAAAGAAAGUUUCCAGCAGCCAGAAGUGCGGCUCUGUCAGCUGAGCUACACGGACAUAAAGGAUUACUUGGCUCAACCUGAGAAGAUCAUCUUGAUUUUCCUUGGAGUGGAGCUUGAGAUGAGGAAAGAUGUACAUAACUGUGCUGCCGGAGCCCCCGCCGAAGAGGAAGACAGGAUGGUGGCCUGGUUUGCUCUGGGUAUUGACCCUGUUGCUGCUGAAGAAUUUAAGCAAACACAUGAAAACUGUUACUUUCUUCAUCCCCCUAUGCCAGCUCUUCUGCAGUUGAAAGAAAAAGAAGCUGGAGUCGUAGCUCAAGCACGGUCUGUUCUUGCCUGGCAUAGUCGAUACAAGUUCUGUCCAACCUGUGGAAGCAGGACAAAAGUUGAAGAAGGUGGUUACAAGAGAGUCUGUUUAAAAGAAGACUGUCCUAGUCUCCAAGGCGUUCACAACACAUCUUAUCCAAGAGUUGACCCAGUAGUAAUAAUGCAGGUUAUUCAUCCUGAUGGGACGAAAUGUCUUCUAGGCAGGCAGAAGAGAUUUCCCCCAGGCAUGUUUACUUGUCUUGCUGGAUUUAUUGAGCCUGGGGAGACAAUAGAGGAUGCUGUUCGCAGAGAAGUGGAAGAGGAAAGUGGAGUCAAAGUUGGCCAUGUUCAGUAUGUCUCUUGUCAACCAUGGCCAAUGCCCUCCUCCUUAAUGAUUGGUUGUUUAGCUGUGGCAGUGUCUACAGAAAUUAAAGUUGACAAGAAUGAAAUAGAGGAUGCCCGCUGGUUCACUAGAGAACAGGUUGUUGAUGUUCUCACCAAAGGGAAGCAGCAGGCAUUCUUUGUGCCACCGAGCCGAGCUAUCGCACAUCAGUUAAUCAAACAUUGGAUCGGAAUGAACCCAAAUCUCUGAAUCACAAACCUUUGUUUGAGUUGUCGGUGACCUUUAAUACAACAUAUUUUUUAAGUGAGAUUAGAAAUGUUCCAUGCUCUUUAAAAUGUUAGGACAUAAAAUAUGUUGGGCUUCCAACAUAUUUUCAAACUACUUUCUACCAUUAAUCACAGUAAUUUUGUUUUUAUAAAUUAGAAUAUUGUCUCAGAUUUUCCAAAAUUUGGGGUUGGCUCAUGAAAUUUUUGUUGCUAUAUUUCUCAUAAGAGAUAUCCCUUGUAUUGAUGUAUAGUCUAGGAAGGCGAAUAAACCUAAAUCCUACUGCCUCUUAUAAUUGUUAAGACUACUUAGAAAAGCCACUUAUUUGAAAAAUGAACCAAAAUUAAUGAGCUUUGAAGUUAUAUUUUUAGUCAUCAUUGCUAUAAAAGUCUUUUAUUUAAUCAUUAUAUAAUGUUUAGGCAUCACCUCAUUGCAUUCCCACUUACCUUUUCUCCUAGUUCUCUUAUUCUAGGAGUGAUGCUAAUAGUGUUCCUACAAGUCUAAUCUGAUGAAUAGUAAAAAUUUGUUUUAACAAUUGGCACUUCCAAUUACCUCAGAAUACCCCACUCACAGAUGGAGAGCUAAAGUAAGAGCAAAAGCAUACCACUGUGCCAGGGUCUUGUCCUUAAAUCUAAAACCAAUAGUACAUCUAUUUAUAUGUUACAUGUACAAAUAAUGUUAUUAAGAAAAGAAAGUUUCUCUCCUUUUUUGCUGAAUUUAAACAUUUCUGAAAGGAAUUUCCAAAGGCCAGUUAUUAAAUCUCAUGUAUAUAUAUAUGUAUGUAAUAUAAGGAUACACACACACACACACACACACACACACACACACACACAUAUGAGUAAUAUAUCUAUUCUGGCAAACAAAUUACAUAAUAGCUACCAUCAAUAUUUAUCAUGCUGACACAUGACAUUGUAGUUUUGACAUGUUUCAGCACAUUCUAAGAAGACUUGUUGAGUAUAUUUUUAAACUGACAUGAUGCUGGCCAUGGUAUUGAACGUGUUUAAUCCCAGCACUCAGGAGGCAGAAAUAUGAGGAUCGCCCACAGCUCAAGCCACACUGAGACUACAUAGUGAAUUCCAGGUCAGCUUGGGCUAGUGUGAAACCUUAUCUCAAAAAUAAACAAACAAAAAAUAGAACGAACAUGAAAGUAAAUUAUAGUAGCUCACAAUUUUGCAACAUACACACAUUUAUUUUGCAUGGCUGAUUUGAAGUUGUUUUACAAGAUAAUUUAUAAACAUACAAAUUUAUAUAUUUUGCUUAUUUACUCUUCUAACUGGAAGAGACCUUAGACAAUAUAUGUAAUUUAGUGCCAGUACUCUUAUAGAAAAUUAAAGGGAAUUCAUGAAAGAUAAGUUUAAAUAAUUUACAAAGGUAGUUAACUGUAUCAAUCUGUAUCAUGUAACUCUAGGCUAUAAUUUGUUGAUAAUAGGAAAUAGAUGCUAUUACCAAAAAUUUAUCUACAAUAAUUUAAAAGAGGGAUGACAGGUAGA